AACAGCUGAAUCUCGGGAAUUUUAUGUGGCUCAGUCUAAUCUUUUAGGACUCACACCUGUUAUGAUUAACCACUCGUGGCCCAUCGCUACCCACCUCCCUGCUGUUAGUCAUGGGAGAGCAUGAGGAAUGUCAUGGCCAGGGCUGCUACAAGUGAGCAAACCCCUUCUAAAAAGGUUCUGCCCACCUUCUAGAAGGCAGACCCUUCUUGGACACCUGCUUAAAAAGUCAGAGGAGGUUUCCUGGAGAAGAGUGAGCUGAGUGAGCAGGCUGGUGGGGAGCAGGGUGUGGUCCAUGCCCAGGGGCCUCUGCUGGGGCUGGAGAGGACAGCUGAGGGCCUUAGCAGGAGGCUAAGCGUGCACCAAGGCCCACAGGCCCAAGACAGAGAACUUGUGGGAACUGAAUGUCAGCAGGUGAGCUGGAGACCAGCUCAGAGCAGACCUAAGAGGUAUGAGAGGGUGGGCGCCAUGCUCUCAGGGGCGGACAGUCAGGGAGGAAGCAGCAGGUGUCUGGGCAGGCAUCUGUUUUAGAAGGUUCCUGGGAGGGAAAGGAGGGCAGCCUUUGAGCCCUGUGGAAGCUGGGGUUUUUGGCUGGGAGUACUGGCAGCUUGCUUGGGGACUGAAGAGACGGGUGUAGCUCACCGGGAGGAGGGGCAGGGGAUUCAGGUGACCUCACAUCUGUUUCUUCCUAAUCCUUCCUCCAGUCCCUGCUCCUCCUGCCAACUUGAGCUGAGCCUUGCCAGUCAGCCUCCUGCCCUGAGGGCUUCCUGGAGUCCCCCACCAAGCUGGAGGGGUGGCUUCCAGACGCAGCUUUAUAGCCUGAGGCCUCUGGCUCUGGAAAGGGAGGAGACUGGCUGCAGAGGUCUGGAGCUUCUCCUGGGCCCAGCUGUCCCCGGGCUCCAAGCUCCUGGUGCAGCUGGCCACACUGCAGGGGCUGGAUCAGAACAGCAGCACCAGCGCCAUGGGCUGGACACAUGAGAAAACUGAGGCAGAGAGAAAUAACUGGCGCUAGGUUCCUCAGCACAGUAGGGAGUCGGGAUUCAGGCAGGCAGUGUGACCGCGUCCACGCUCCUUGCUUCUACUCAAGUGUGGGACUCGCAGCGAGGUUUUCUCCUCCCCGGAAGCCCUGGGGUCUCAUAGAGUUGCGUUGGGAAGCCCCUCUCACAUGGCCUGAGUCCUCCUGCUCCUUCUGCCUGCAGAGCUCUUGGUGGAGCUAAGGGAUAGCUGGGUCUCCCCACCCCUCAGCACAUCCCUCUCCAAUGUGGCGGCUCCUCUCACCACUCCCAGCCUCCUCCUGUUCCUGUCACUGUUGUCUGGAUCCUGCCUGGAGUCCAGGCUGGGAGGGAGCUGGAAAGAGGUCACUCUGGGAGUCAGGAGACUGGGGUUCUAGCUGGGGCUGAGCCCCUAGAGCAGACCUUGGCCCUCUUUGAGCUUCAGUGUCCCCAUUUGUAAAAAAGAGUGUUGACUUCUGGGCCAGGUUCAUGUGGCUUCUGGGUUUAAGCGGGUUCAAGCUCUGAGGGUGGAGGGGUGCUGCCUGGGCCCCCAGACCCUUCCUUUACUACUCAGUCAACAUGUUCUUUCAUUUCUUUUUUUAUUUUUGAGACAGAGUCUCCCUCUUUCUCCCAAGCUGGAAGGCAGUGGCAUGAUCUCAACUCUGCAACCUCUGCCUCCCAGGUUCAAGUGAUUUGCCAUCCUCAGCCUCCCAAGUAGCUGGGAUUAUCGGCACCUGCCACUACAUCUGGCUAGUUUUUGUAUUUUUAGUAGAGUCGGGGUUUUGCCGUGUUGGCCAGGCUGGUCUUGAACUCCUGACCUUAGGUGAUCCGCCCAACUUGACCUCCCAAAGUGCUGGGAUUACAGGCAUGAGACACUGUGUCCAGCAGUGGUUCACAUUUGCCCGGCUAUAAGGGUCUUUAAAAGUUUCUUGCCCAGGCCUGGUGACUCACUAAAAAUACAAAAAUUAGCAGGGUGUGGUGGCAUGCACCUGUAAUCCCAGCCACUUGGGAGGCUGAGGCAGGAGAAUCACUUGAACCUGGGAGCUGGAGGUUGCAGUGAGCUGAGAUUGCACCACUGCACUCCAGCCUGGGCAACAGAGUGAGACUCCAUCUUAUAAAACAAAAAACUCCUUAGUGCAGGGGCUGGGAGAAGGGACACCAUUUAACGCUCAUGCUGCCCACCCUAGCUCUGCCUGUGAGAAGGGUAGGGGCAUGGCGAUAAUAAGUGAUUAGUUCAUCUGUUCAACUUAGGCUUAGCCUGGACUCUGCUGCCUGGGGUCAAUGGUGGGCCCUGCUUUCCAGUGGGAUCCUGGGCUCACUGGACACACUGAAGCAGUGUCUCUAGCUCCUGGGUGUUUCUUGAUAAGGCCAAGGAUGAAGGGAGAAAUCGGGGGUCUUUUGGGGAGGGGAGAGCCAGAGAUUGAGUGUAGAUCUUUCUCCUGCUUCUCCACAUCCUCCAUACCUUGGCUCUCCUGGCAGGCCCACUCGCCCCUCCUCUGGUAAAUGUGACGAGUGAAGGUCCCACCCAGCUCCGGGCAUCCUGGGUUCAUGACCCUGGGGGCCGAGACCCUGUAGCAGGCAGCACCCUGGCAGACACCAGCACCGUGGGAGCCAAGGUGGCCAGCACAAGCUUUUUGAGUCUGACUCCAAGCACAAAAUACAAGACAGGUUGUCAUGAAGGCUGGGACCCUCCACACUGCAGCAGCCAACACCUCUGGAUGGACCCAUGUCAGCGUGGGGAAGGACGACGGUACCCUGAGAUGCAGGCCCGAUCCGGGUGGCAGCGCUGCCCGCUCAACUCCGAGCCACCUGCUCUCUCCAGAGCCUGGCCCUGUAGAGGAUGUGCAGUGCCAGCCUGAGGCCACCUGCCUGGCCCUGAACUGGACGGUGCCCGCCAGGGAUGUGGGCACCUGUCUGGUGGUGGCAGAGCAGCUGGCAGGAGGAGGGAAUGCUCACCUCAUGUUCCAGGCCAACACCUCCAGGAAUGCAGUCCUGUUGCCCGACCUGGUGCCUGGCACUUCCUAUGGCCCCAGCCUCUCCAUGCCAAGCAGGAACGGAGUCGGGCGGUCACCGUGGUGUUCUCCACUUCUGCCGAGGCCUGGCAUCUUCCAGCAUUCACCCUGGCCCCCGAGCUGGAGCCUGGGACAGAAAUGGGAGAAUGAUCCCAUGAGGCAUGUUUGGCAAGGGUGACGGGCAGAUCAUUGCCACCACCACCAUGUCACGUGAGUCCUGGGCCCAGGAGGGGAUGGGGAGACCCUAGCUGUGGCAUGGAGUAGGUGGCGGGGUAAGAUGGGGACUGAGACCAGUAAGAUGAAAUAUGUGAGGCUGGUAUGAGUCUCGGAGCAGGAAGGAGAACCAGAAUGUUCUGGAGGAGAGUGCUAAUGUGAAUGGUGGGCACAUGCUAGAGAGAUAGGGUAACCCAUCUGUGGCAGGAAGAGAGGCCUCGCCCCACUGCCCACCCUGCUCCGCCCAUGUCCCACUUCUCUCCCAUGACUGAGUCUUCCCAGGAAGCCAUCAACCACAUGUGUCAUGACCACUACUACGGAGGACAUGACUCCUACCUGGCCAUUCUGCUCCCCAACCCCUUCUACCUGGGGCCCUGGGCUGUGCCGAGAUCCUGGACGGUGCCUGUGCGUACAGAGGACUGUGGCCACACCAAAGAGACAUGCAAUGGGCAGCUCAAGCUAGGUUCCAAGUACAGGUUCAUCGUUACAGCCCUUACCAGCUGCAGCCCUCCUGAGACCAUCAUCUCCUUCUCAGCCUUCUCAGAGCCCCGGGCCAGUGUCUCUGUGGGUACAGAGGACUGUGGCCACACCAAAGAGACAUGCAAUGGGCAGCUCAAGCUAGGUUCCAAGCACAGCAAAGGCUGGGCAUUGGAGGAGCUCGUAGGACGUGCACACUGCCCCACACCCAGGGUGGAGCUCAGGAUCUGCGUUUCCAACAGGCCCCCAGACAGACCCCCCCUCUCAUCAGGAAGACCCACCAGCCCAUCCCUAUCCACAGCUUCAGGCAGAGCUAUAAGGCCAAGAGCACUCACGCACACCAGGCUUUCUUUUUGGAAUUCAAGGAGCUAAAGGAGGUGGGCAAGGAGCAGCCCAGAUUGGAGACUGAGCACCCUCCCAACACCACCAAGAACCAUUACCUGCAUGUGCUACCCUAUGACCCCUCCAGGGACAGGCUGACCCAGCUGGAGGGAGAGCCCCAUUCUGACUACAUCAAAACCAACUUCAUCCCAGAAUUCAUUGUACUCAAGAAAACGCUGGAGGACUUCUGGCAGCUGAUGUGGGAGCAACAGGGGAGAAAGUCAACAGUGAGUAUGGUGGGAAUUUACUGCCUCCCUACCAGGGCCCAGGCUGGCUGGCUGACCAAGCAUUCAGUGUCCCUUCUCAGUUCCUGCGCCCAGGUUGGGUUUUCUCACAUCCCCAGACACCCCUGCCACACCUCUUUAGGUACCCCAUCCAACUCUAGGUCAAUUGCAGCAAGGGUGCCACCCAGCUGGGCACCUUCUUGGCCACGGAGCAGCUGCUGCAGCAGGCAGGGUCUGAGUGCACCGUGGAUGUCUUAAGGAGGCCCUGCAGCAGUUUCAGACCUGUGGCCUCAUGACGCCAACACUGGUGAGAGGCGACCGGAGGCGACCAGAGGCCACGUGUGGUGCUGGGGGAGUGGUGGGGGCCUCAGCUGUGGAAAGGGGCAGAGAGAUCAGCGAGCUUCUGCCCAGGCCUCUAGGCCACACCACCCAGGCAGCCAACAGGUGGCGCUGUGAACCGCUGUGCAAUCUCCCAGAUGGAGUCCUAGGACUGGGACAUACAAGGGACACUUUUUCUGUUAGAUUGGGGCAGGCGGGGUGAGCCUCCCGCCCCUGUGUCCAUCUCCAGGAGCAGUAUCUACCUCUACAACUGUCUGAACGGCGCACUGGCAGACAGGCUGCCCUGAGUCGUCACUGGUCACUGUGCAGUGUCAGAGCAGGUCUGUGCCCUGCUGGAUGGGGACAGCCAGCCCUGACACUUCCGCAUGGCCGGGGCUCCCUGGAAGGGCGGCCUCCACUGGGCCCUGUGCUGCAAAGGGGCAGAGUCUCAGAAUAAAGACAUGUGG